AUGGAUGAUCUGGGCUGUCCACCAAGAAAGUCAAUUAUUAAUCUUAAUCGUCUAUUAGAGGGGCCUAACUCUCAAGAAGAUUAAGGCAUCUCGCCCUCCUCCUGAAGGACGCUUUUUGACUCUUUCUUUAGCAAUGGCUAGCCGAAGGAAACAAGAAGGAAAUCAAGGCCUGAUCAAUGACAUUCUUAUACCCAAGAUCAUCAUGGAGAAGAGAUUACCUAGAGCGCAUCAAGAUCAUCACAAAUAAAGCAUCACUUGGCCUAGGACUGACACACAAUGAGGUUUGUGUAAGAUUCAGAUUUGGAGCGUCUUUAUAAUCCUCUUCAUAGAUAGAUUAACUUUAAUUUCGAACUAGUUUUAUCAUUUAUUCUUUUAUUCUAUUCUAUUAGAUCUAUUCUCUCCCCUUUGUCAUGCUUUUCAUAACUCUUGUCUUCACCCUUUUGCAUUUAAUUCUGUCCUUCACAAUCUCAUGUAUAUAUAUAUCUAUAUAAGAAAUAAAAUAAGUAGAAUUUAUACUCUCAUUACCCACGCUCUUUGAGGAUCAACCUUACUUAUCUUAAAUAGAAGAGUAAGGUUUUAUAAAUAUUAUUCGCAUGAACUUGGUUGCAUCAUGAUGACAUAUUUAACCUCCAAUUCGAGUUCAUCAAUAGGACAUAGACAGCUACAAGUGAAUCAACUAAGGUCGUGUUGGCAUCGGUCGGUGUGUUCAGUAGAGGUGCAGAAGAGUUCGAGUCAACCAUGAUGUCAAGUUGUUGUGGUACAAGGGAGAAGUUGUCAAGUGAGAAGAUGAAUAGUCUCCUCCCACGGGUGAGGAGAGUCACCACCUAGAGAUCCGCCGACUGAAGAUGGGAGAUCUGCCAGCUAGGAGAUUCAGCUAAAGACAAGAGGUUUUGACGCUCGAGGCGUCUGGAGGUGACGCUUGGGGCAUCAAAAUGCAAUGCUCGGAGCACCGAGAGUCAUCGCACAAGGCUUCAGGAGGUGACACGUUAGGCAUUAGGAGGUGACACUCGGGGCAUCAGAAGACAAUGCACAAAGCACCGUGAGUUGAUGCACGGGGCAUCCGAGUUCAAUGCACAAGGCGUUAGAAAAGCUAGUGAUGUGACUUAGUCGUUGUAUAGUAAAUCAUGCAAAUUUAAAAUUUAUAAAACUAAAAAUACGAAUUUUCAGAUAUUUAGAAGUAUUUCUAAAUAAAUAUGAUGGCGAGCGGGACCCGUCUCCAUCAACUCAGGAGACACCGGCAGUCCGAGUUCAGCCCGAUCGACGUGCAAAGACGAAGGAGCCUGGCUUUCGCUACACGGCCUAG